UGGACUCGGUCCCUGCCCAUAGGCGUCCUUUGACAGGGAGCUGAUUGGGAAGAGCUCUGGCCUCUCCCCCUCCAUGGACUUUGACUAAGAUCAGAACUUUUCUUUGCUGCCUUGUGCAACUGAAGCCAAACAGGGGAAAGCGUCCUAGCCAACGCUGUGCAUAGCUGUUGCUUCCAGUUUCGCUAAACCUGUCAGCACUCUCAUCUGGCGAGAAGGCAUCCAGUCACACUCUACAAUGUGGUGCUGCGUGCUGCUUUUCAGUGUCCUCUGGACUGUGGUCUGGUUCUUCCGAGACCGGCAGAUGUUGAGCUCCUUCAAGGAUAAGUAUGUUUUCAUCACAGGCUGUGACACAGGCUUUGGGAACCUGUUGGCCAAGCGGCUUGACAAGAAGGGCUUCCAAGUCUUAGCAGGUUGCUUGACUCAGAAAGGGGCUGAUAACCUGCAGCGUUCUAGUUCACCAAACCUGCGGACCACCCUCCUCGAUGUCACCAACUCUGAGAGCAUCCGCAAAGCAGUUGAGUGGGUGAAAGGUGAAGUGGGUGAAAAAGGGUUAUUUGGCCUAGUUAACAACGCAGGUGUGGCCAACCCUAUUGGCCCUACAGAAUGGAUGAUUGUGGAGGAUUACCGUAAGGUCAUGUCUGUCAACACUUUUGGCAUGAUCGAGGUCUCAUUGGCUUUCUUGCCCCUGCUCAAGCAAGCUCGCGGCCGUGUGGUCAAUACCUCCAGUGUCUUGGGUCGCCUCUCAGCAAACGGUGGUGGCUACUGUAUUUCCAAAUAUUGUGUUGAGGCCUUCUCCGACAGCCUCAGGAGGGAUAUGUACCAUUUUGGCGUAAAAGUCUCCAUUGUGGAGCCAGGUUUUUUCAAGACUGCUGUGACCAAUCUCGAUUCGGUUGAGUCCUCUUUGCGUCAAAUCUGGGAUCGAAUGAGCCCCGAGGCCCGGCAAAGCUAUGGCGAAGACUUCUUUCCAAACUACCUGAAGGUCCAGAAGUUCAUCAUGAACCUCAUCUGUGACCCAGACCUCAGCAAAGUGACCAACUGCAUGGAACAUGCCCUGGAGGCUAAGCACCCUCGCUCCCGCUACAGUGCUGGGUGGGAUGCCAAGUUUAUGUGGCUGCCAGUCUCUUACCUGCCUGCUUUCAUGGUGGACAUUGUUCUGGCCACUGUUCUACCAAAGCCAGCACACAGGGCCCGCUAGACUCCAAAGCCUCUUCCUCUACCUAAGACCAAAGCUGUGGCCAACGGUCAAAAAAGAACACAUUUUACAAAAAUGAUAAAGAAAUAAAGUGUAUAUAUAAUCUGUGAAAGUAAGGUGUUGCCCAGCCACCCUAUCUUUCACAAGUCAUUGUGGGCUUGGAUACUGAAAACUCACCAUACUAUACAGAACAUCUUAAUAGAGUGGGUUGAACAGAAGGUGAUUUGCUAUAGGUUUGUAAAAUUUCUGACUUUUAAAUUGCUGAACCAAGGACCAGAAAGUAGUGACCAAAAUUCAAUUUAUCCCUGUAUUAUUUGCUGAAAUAGAAGGAGCUUUAGGUAAGCAUAAUUGUAUUUGUGUGGAAGGAUUCAAUUCCAGUUCUCAAAAUGAAUUCCUGGAUUCACAA